AUGUCUAGUUCCUCGCCCGUUGGCACUCCUGAUACGUCUCUCGAACUCCACGAUGACACGGCCUCGAAGCGACGAGUAUCCCGCCGCGUGCGAGCGAAACCUGAAUUUCAUCCCGACAAUAGCCGUCGGUCAGAAGCAAGUAACGGAGUCAAAAGGAAGCGCGGGAAUGAUGCGAAUGGUAGCCUGACCGACGAUGAUACGGAUGGAGAGAGCAGCCCUGGUUCCGAAAGCGAUCCUGACGAAGAAGAACUCAAAGAGGCGCGCAGGAAGGCUAGAAGUAGUGCAAAGAAAGCACCGUCAAAGAAACCAAAGACGACUACCUUGGCGAUGCGCCCAGCUGUCAAUGAAGUGAAGAAAGCUGCCAGAGCUCCUUCCAGAGCGAAGAGCGCCAGGCCACCGACGACUGGUAUCAAUGUCGAAGAUGAAAUUGGCCUUUUCGCGGAAGUCUUCUCACGAGGUCAUACGUCUGAUGGCGUAGCGGCCGAUUGGAUCCAUCGAUGGGACCAGGACAACACGCAAGCGAUGACUGACCUUGUCAAUUUCGUCAUCAGGUGCACUGGCUGCAGGCUUACUGUCACAGUGCAUGAUAUAGAGGAUCCAGACAAUGCCGUCAGCAAGCUAACAGAUCUACAAGAUGAGUACACUGCGCAAGGGCCAUCUGACUAUCCCCUAAUUUCGCGACUGAAGUCUCUCUCUUCAUUUCGCCCGACCGUGGUCAGGUUUGUCGAAGACUUGAUACAGUCUUGCCAUGCCUCAGGUUUAUUAUACACUGACCCUGCCAUUAUCGAAAACAUUGAGGUUUGGAUCUCAUCGAUGUCAUCGGCGGGACUUCGGCCUUUCAGACACACAGCAACUGUUAUCUCUCUCGCCGUUGGCACUCAACUAUGUCGAGUCGCAGCAGAUCUCUCAGAGCAAGCAGCAAAGCUGCAGCGACAAAAGGAGGGCGAAGAGAAGAAGAAGAAAGGAGUGAAUAAGCAACGGAUCAAAGAAUUCAACGACAAAUUGCAAGAUUUGGAGCGCAAGACCACAUCAACUCAAGAGUAUAUUAGGACAGUCGUUGACGCCGUGUUCGUCCACCGCUAUAGGGAUAUUGACCCAAAAAUUCGCGCUGAAUGCGUGUCGGCCCUGGGAACGUGGGUUACGACCCUUCCUGAUGUCUUCUUCGAAGCAGUAUACUUACGAUAUUUUGGCUGGAUCCUUUUCGACACAGUCGCGGCUACAAGAGCUGAAGUCAUCAAGCAGCUUACAAAAAUGUACAAAAAUAAAGAGAAUGUUGCCAGACUUCGGACCUUCACUGAGCGCUACCGCUCUCGACUAGUGGAGAUGGGGCUACGGGAUUCUGAAGUCGGCAUACGAGCGUCGGCGGUCGAGCUGCUUGGUCUGAUCAGGGAGACGGCGCUGCUGGAGCCAGAUGACAUCGACAAUGUCGGCCGCUUGAUUUUUGACAAUGAGCCCAGAGUACGUAAGGCAGUCUCGGGUUUCUUCGCAGAGAAUAUCAACGACAUAUAUGAAAACAGCAUAGAGGAACUAGGAGGCGAGGAGGCCUUGGCUGACAUACUAGGAGACGGGCCUGAUGGCGACCACGACGUACCACAGAAGAGCUGGCUGAAGCUCAAGAGUGUCGUCGAAGCCCUACAAUCGUACGACGCUGAGGAUGACGAAUCAUCGGACACCCAACAGCUUCGUGCUGGCUUAUUGCCUUCUGAAACUCAAUCGCGCUACGCGCUCGCAGCGCAGACAAUAUGUGAUGGGAUCUCUGCGGCACAGGAUUGGGAGACCAUAUCCGGCUACUUGUUAUACGAUUUAUCCGCCACCACUAACACUCUUGAGGAGCGAUGUCAACUGAGUGAAAAGGAAGAAAUUUUACUGCUCGAGAUCCUUAAUGUGUCAGUCAACAAGCGUAUUAAGACCGCCGACGAAGCUCAGAAGGAUGGAAAGACUAAGAGGAAUCGGUCAAAUAAGACGGAGGCUCAUUCCGUUAGAGAGGCCACCGCGCUACAUCUAGCGAAGGUCAUCCUCGAUCUUCUGAAAAAAUUUGGAUCGAAUGCAGCAACCGCAUCGGCAGUCCUUCGCUUAGGCCGUGAGCUAGAUCUUGAAAUCUUCCAGGAGCUGCGGCAGGACUCAACUACAUAUGCGGCACUACUAGACGACAUUAACAAGCAAUUCUUGACGCACUCCGAUUCUAGCUUACUUGCCGAGGCCAGUACUGCAUUGCUUCACGCCCGUAGCUUUGAGGAGCUUGAGGAGAUAACGCAGGGCAAGGUACAAGAACUUUGGGAAGAUACAAUCAAUGCCCUUCGAACACGCAUGUCUGAAGAGCAAUGGGUCGAUAACAUUUCCGAGAUCUGUGACACGGUCCGGCGCAUAGCGCAUUUGUCAGGUAUCAUGGACUGUAGGGAUGUUCUCCAGGCCUCGUCGCGACUAACCUCAAAGCCAAAGAAGAAAACUCCACCUACCAAGGCAAAGAGCGCUGUUGACCUUCUGAUGGACAUUCUCCGCGAACCAGCUCUUGAUUCAGAAGCAGGACAAGAAGCCGAUGAGACAGUGACAGAAACCACGAAAGUAUUACUUCUGUACUAUAUGUGGACGGUCAAAUCAAUACAAAGCGCACGUAUCAAUGCACAGUCAGACUUCGAGCCACCAGACUACUCGCCUUUCGCCUCAGCACUGCUCACGGUCAUUGAGCGCCGUCAUGCUACCUCACCAGUCCGUCUCGCAGCCAUCGGCGCACUCCUCGAUCUACACUCCUUGUUUGCCACUUUUCGAAAUAGUAAUGCUCCAUUGCCUAUGCUGGUCCAACCUAUCAACACUCACGCCGAGCCUCUUAUUCUUAGCACCUUCACUGCCCUCGAGAAAUCUUACGGGCAGAAAUCUCAUCGCAGGCUAGAAAUUGCUGAUGACGAAGCACUGGAUGACGAGCCAGAAGACGAUGAAGAAGACGAUGACGAUGACGAUGAGGAGAUGAUGCAAGAUACACGCAGGCAGCAAGAAGUCCUCCUUGCAGAGAAGCGGCUCUGCGAACUUACAGGCAAAGUCGUACUUGCUGUAGUCGCGCGCGUGCUAGAUCAUCAGGGCGAGCGAAAGGGCAGGAUCAGGGAAAGGAUAUCCCUUAAUCGUCUGAAGCUCGGCAACAAUUUCAAAGAAAUCAUCGCCUACGUCGACGAGCCUCGACCGAAGCAGAGAAGUGCGAGGCCUCCAAGGAAAGCUUCUGCGCCACCCAAGCAGAAUGGAAAAGCAAAGAGUAAAGCUAGAAUCUCUGAUGAUGACGAGGAUAGCGAUGAAGAGGUUGAGCACGAAGAGGGCGGUGAUGAAGACAUAAGAGCUCGUGAAUUAGAAGAGGAUAGGAUUGUCGACCUGGACGAUGAGGAGGAGAACGUCGUUGUGGGGGGGCACGUGGAGGACGAUAUUGAGGAUGAGAUCAUGGGGGAUUGA